UGCUACUAUUCCCCAAAAAACGGUUGCUCUAAAGUUUGUGCAACCUAUCAUUUUUCAGUUCUAGGCCCACCAACCCCAACUUGGCCUAUAAAAAAAUCAACCCUAAGCCCUUCACGCCAACUUGGCCUAUAAAAAGUUAGCAACAGCUUUUUCGUCCUCCUCAAAAAUAAAACCAACCCAUCUUCCACAACCACCAAUUUUUUCUCCAAGAAAGCAAAUGGAGAUCUCAACAUUUCAUCCUUCUUCCUUGCGCUCUCUCUCCUCCCCUAUUCUCUUUCCCUACCACUUCAUCCCCGAAAACUACGUUCACUGGACCGAAACCCCGGACUCCCACAUUUACUCAGCUGAUCUCCCCGGUGUGAGGAAAGAGGAGAUAAGAGUGGAAGUUGAGGACUCAAUAUACCUCAUAAUUAGAACCGAGUCGUCGGCUAACUCUAAUGAAUCAACAGAGCCAGCUGCAAAACGGUUCAUGAGGAAAUUCCGACUUCCCGGGAUGAUUGAUGUUGAAGGAAUCUCUGCUCGGUAUGAAGAUGGAGUGUUGAAGGUGACAGUGCCAAGAUCUUUCGUCAGGAGGGGCUUCUAUAUUGAUCCAGCUGACCUGCCUGAACGAAUAGAAGUUAUAGCAAGAGCUGCUUGAAUUCAUAACAUUGGUAUUAGGCUAUUUUAAUUUAUCAAGUAAUGAUUUACUUAUGUUUUAAACAUUGGUUUAGGAUAGUCUAGGCAUUAUUGAUGGGUUGUGCUAGAUUUGAAGGUUGUUGUUUAUGAAUUUUAUCUACACAAAUUUAUUAGAAGUAGCAACCAAGGCUUGGAUUUAUUAUUGGUUUAGUGAGCUAUAUAUCUUCCAAAUGAAUGGAGUGAACUGAAUAUUGCUGAAGGCUGAUUGCUGAUUGGUUGUGCCGUGUUUGGUUGUAACUGUAUUCCAAGUUGUAGUGUCAUGAUUUGGUCUUGGUCCACCUCUAGCACUUGUUGAUGUCAUGGACUCGACUCUAAUUCAAAAGCCAAUAAAACUCUUUACAAAGUUAAAAUUCAA